AUGUCGUACCACCCUGACGGCCGAACCUCCCCCAUAUCUCAAGAGACAGAGCCCAGCGGACAGAACCGAGUCUCGCAUAAGUGCUCUUCAUCACAAUUAUCCAGUCCGACUCCACGAGACCCGCGACUGUCUGGUCUGAGCCGCGCGGUCCAGAAUCUGCUGAACACCCCACAAUCUGCAAGGAGGUCGGGUACUGGCGCGGGAGGGGCUGCCCGAUUAUCGCGACGCGGAAGUCGCAGUCCAGUUGAACCGUUCAAAUCAUCGCCGUUACGCAUUAGCUCUUCGGCCAUGGCGUCCGCGCCCAGCUCGCCGGAGAGGCACAAGGAUGAGACCGGGGAUGUCGCUCGUAGAUCUUCCGAUCAGUUCAGCCGAGAGGGAGAUCGACCAGCACCCACGAGCCGUUCACUGGGUCUUGACGAGGAUGCAAGAUCAGAUAUAUCCACAGUUUCUUUGGACCAGAUAGGGCUGAAGAAAAAGUCUCAUGGACGGAAGAGCGUGGCGGCAAUGAUGUCGGGGUUGGAGUCGAGGCUGUUUCCGAAAAGCUUCACUCGGGGUCGCGAUGUCAGUCGUGGGUCUUCUCGGCGUGGCUCGUCGUUGGAUUCACGCUCUCCUUCGUCCACAUCUCGGCUAAGUCGCUCUGUUUCACCCGCCACCCGGCACAGCCAAUCUGGAUCCAGCACCACCGAGGCAACAUCAGAGAGAGGAAAAGCGAUCAAAAUAGACGAUGCCCACAACAAGUCGGAUGAGGCUCUGGCGAAACUCCGUGGUCGUCUCCCUGACUAUGUGAAACCAGCUGAUCAGGAGGAAUCCGGCGAGCGCCUGGCCAAAGAUGUGUUUGACCGCGACAAGAACAUCAUCGAAAGCAGUGACGACGAUGGAGACGAUGAUUCGAGUGAGGAUGAGCAGAUAUCUGGCAUUCAGGUUGUCCAAACUCGCGGUCGCCAGGAGAAAAGCUCGGAUAUCAGCUCUAUCACUUCCAGCGAUUUCAACAAGCCGAAGACUCCCAAGUUUCAUAUCGCUGAAGAACAACAAACAGCCAACAAAUCAAGCAUUCCUAAUCUGGAAAAGAAGCCCAAGAAAUCCGCUCUGAAGACAGUCAUUCAUCCUCGAACCAGCUUUGAUAUCCCAACACCAUAUGCGCAAUCCGCAGCUGGAACACCCUAUGGAUCAGAGGACGAAGCCGAAAAAGCGGACGUCCAUCGUGCCCAACAACUCAGCAUUUCCAUGUCCACAAUUGACAAUCGCGUGCCAAACCGUUCCAUCCGCACAAUCAUUCGUGGUGACUUUGCAGGUCUUCAGGAAGAGGCUGAUGGCGGACGUCGUCGCCAGCGCAAGUAUUUGGUCGCAACUGACCUAAGUGAAGAAUCAGUGUACGCUUUGGAAUGGACCAUCGGGGCUGUUUUACGUGAGGGAGAUACGAUGUACGCCAUAUACGCCAUGCAUGAAGAUCUCAACACCUCGGUACAGGUUGGAGAAGGAGCAAAAGCUAUGCAAGAUGCGGCGGCGGUCGUUGGGUCUCAGACGAAAGAAGCUACCCAAGGCUAUGGUACCGGUCCGCGUAAUAUUCUCGGUCUAUUGGGUCCACUGGGUCCUGGUACUGUCAGCAAGUCCAGCUCUGUUGAUUCUCGGGCAUCUCCUAUGGCGGAAGCUGAACGGGUCAGGGCAGUGGAGACUGUUUCGAAUACCUGCGUUCAGCUUCUACGGAAGACCUUGCUGCAGGUUCGGAUUGCCGUCGAGGUGAUCCAUUGUAAGAGUCCAAAACUCAUGAUCACCGAGGCUAUCGAUGAGCUCGAGCCUACUCUUGUUAUUGUGGGUGCUCGAGGGCAAAGUGCGUUGAAGGGAGUCCUCCUCGGCUCAUUCUCCAAUUAUCUCUUGUCCAACUCUUCAGUGCCUGUGAUGGUCGCACGUCGCAAGCUCAAGCGACACCCCUCCAAGGGCAAGAUUGACAGCUCGAACGUGCGGCUAUCCAAUAACCUUAGAACUCCGAAAAGUCUCACGCAAGCAAAGAUAGACUGA